GAUUCGGAUCCACCUGUCUGCGUCUCCGUUCGUUGGCGCCACAGGCAAGGCACCGGAGCUUGUGAGGGAGAGCAAGGAGGAGGAGGAGGAGAGAGGAGGAGGAGGACAUGGUGCACGGGACGCUGGAGGUGCUGCUCGUCGGGGCCAAGGGCCUCGAGAACACCGAUUACCUCUGCAACAUGGAUCCGUAUGCAAUUCUCAAGUGCCGAUCACAGGAGCAGAGGAGCAGUAUUGCAGCUGGAAAAGGAACUAACCCUGAGUGGAAUGAAAACUUUGUCUUCACCGUGUCCGACCGAACUACAGACUUGCUAAUCAAGCUUAUGGAUAGUGAUACAGGCACAGCAGAUGACUUUGUAGGUGAAGCGACGAUUCCGUUGGAAGCAGUGUAUUCGGAAAGGAGCAUUCCACCAACGAUCUAUAAUGUUGUGAAAGGUGAAAAGUACUGUGGGGAAAUCAAAGUUGGUCUCACAUUCACUCCCGAGAAUACUCGCCAGAGGGGUCUCCCAGAUGACUGCGGCGGAUGGAAGCAAUCUCACUGAAAAGAGCAAGAUUUUUUGAGAUUCCACCAGAGCACAGCGACAAUUCAUGUGCUUGAGGCAUUCAUCCCUCGUACACGUUCAUGCUAAUGUAACAUGAAAUUCAGUUGAUUUGGCUUCUUUAAUUGUUUCAAAAGAUGCAUCAUUAGCGAGUUUAAUCUAAAAAAACAGCUGCAUUUGAUGUAUUUUAUAC